AAACCGCGGUUAUCCGGUUUAUAUGAACAGCCGCAGCGAGUAUGACCUAUAUAUAUGUGUAUGUAAUAUAUUAGGUGAGACAAAACCCCUGUAUGGUAAACGAAAGAAAGAUAAUACAAGAGUCAGCUAAAUGGUUCAUACGUCAUACCCCUUGACUCGAACCUUUUAGAUUAAGCUUUAUGUAUAUUAAAAAAUAGAGUGGUAGCUCUCUCUCUCUCAAAAAAAAAAAAAAAAAAAAAAAAAAAAAGAAAGAAAGAAAGAAAGUGGGAGAGUGUAGCAGAACCUCAACCACGUCGGUUGUUCAUGAAUAACGGAGGAGAAAGGCUGAAACUAAAAAUGGGUUGCCCAAAUCUCUUACUUUAUUUUUCAUCUCCUUUUCUUCUGCUCCAUUCCUGAGCACCCAUGCUGCUACCUCUUUUCGCAACCCCAAAUUCUACUAUUUCAUUUCUUAGUUCUCCUGCUUCAGAAGCCCCAUCAAGGAAGCAAAAGAUGGAUAAAAAUUGGAUGUAUCUACAAGAUAGGCAGAGUAAAGAAUAUGUCGAUGGUGUCAAAUCCUUUCUUGAGCUGGCCAAAGAGAGCACUCGACUGAGGCUUGAUGAAGUACGUUGUCCAUGUGGAGGCUGUAAGAAUUGUCGUACUUAUAAUUUAAAAACCAUUGAGAGUCACUUGUAUAGGUACGGGUUUGUACCUAAUUACAAAAGGUGGAUAUUUCAUGGCGAAGAAAUUGACUAUACUACAACUAGUCAACCUGAGGACUUCAAUGUGAUGUUUGAUGAUGACAAUUUAGAAGAUGAUGUGGGUGAACCAAUGUUUCCAAACAACAUUUUUGAGGAUGAGUUACUUGGUGAUUCUUGUGAAGGUGAGAGAAGUGAAUCUGAAGCAAUCAACUUUGCAAAUUUGUUUGCUAAAGCUCGUUCACUUUCUUCCGAUUGUACUAAGAUGUUGGCAUUGGAUUUCUUAGCAAAGCUGAUGCACUUGAAGGUAUCAAACAAAUGGAGUGAGAACUCAUUUAAUAUGUUGCUCCAAUUGUUGAAGGGUGUUUUUUCUGAAGAGACAAACUUUCCUACUUCAUACCAUGAUUCGAAACAGAUGUUGCGAGAUUUUGGUUUUGGUUAUGAGUUAAUACAUGCUUGCAAGUAUGAUUGUGCAUUGUUCUGGAAAGAGCAUGCUUCUUGUGAAAAGUGUCCCAUAUGUGACGAGCCAAGAUAUAAAUAUGAAAAUGGAAAGGGCAAGAAGAUUCCGCAAAAGGCAUUAUAUUAUUUUCCAUUGAAGCCGAGGUUACAAAGGUUAUAUAUGACAAAACUUCAUGCAAUUGAUAUGAGGUGGCACAAAGAAAAACAUGUUAAUGUUGAAGGUGAAAUGAAACACCCGGCAGAUACUGAGCAAUGGAAAGACUUUGAUAAGCAAUACCCUUGGUUUGCACAAGACGCUCGUAAUGUUAGAUUGGGGCUAGCAACUAAAGGCUUCAAUCCAUUCAAAAACACAAAUAGUUCUUAUAAGUUGUGGCCUGUGACACUUGUUCCUUACAAUUUACCACCGACUAAGUGUAUGGAUGAGUCAUUUUUCAUGACAACAUUGUUAAUUCCAGGUCCAGAGUCACCUGGGAGAGAAAUUGAUGUAUUCUUGAGGCCUUUGAUAGAUGAGCUGAAACAUUUGUGGAGCAAUGGAGUUGAAACACGUGAUCAUUUAACUGGAGAAACAUUUCAGCUUCGUGCAUGUGUAUUGUGGACUAUCAGUGACUUCAUAACAUAUGAGAGUUUAUCUGGCUGGAGUUUGAGCACAGGAUUUCGCUCGUGUCCAAUUUGCCAACGUUUUACAAAUUGUUUGAUAAUUCGAGAUAAAGUGUGUUUUUUGGGUCACCGUCGUUACUUGUCGCCAGGUCAUUCUUGGCGAAAGCAUAGACAAUAUAAGGAGAAUUACUUUAGAGAUGAUGCCUUACCGCCACCGCCAGUGUAUUGGGAAGACAUGUUGGAGCAACUUGACUCUUUACCAAUCACGACACCCGGUAAAAAUCCAAAUAAUGAAAACAGAAUGUUAUGUCGUGGCGACACAUUUUUCCAUAAUUGGAUGAAGAAAAGUAUUUUUUUUGAGUUAGAGUAUUGGGCCACAUUGAAGGUCAGACAUAACUUGGAUGUCAUGUACGUUGAGAAGAAUUUUUGUGAAAGUAUUAUUGGAACAUUAUUAAACAUAGAGGGAAUGACAAAGGAUACAAACAGAGAUCGCAAGGACUUGUCUGAUUUGGAUUUAAGGGAAGAACUGCACUUCAAGCUUCACAAGAACCGUUUGUUGAAACCACCUGCAUGUUAUACUUUAUCAGGCACAACUUAUUCAGAUCCAGAUAAAUUUUGUAAAUUUUUCAAGUCUGUUAAACUUCCAGAUGCUUAUGCUAUAGACAUCUCAAAAAAAGUUAGUAUAAAAAAUAAGGUAAUAUCAGGAUUGGAGGCUUAUGAUUGCCAUGUGAUUUUGCAACGUCUUCUUCCUCCUGCAGUUGACAUUCAGUACUUAAACGAGGAUAUUACAAUUACACUGACCGAGCUUUCUAAUUUCUUUCAAAAGCUAUGUGCCAAAACUUUAAUGGAUAAAGAUCUGGACAAACUACAAGAAAGGAUUGCGCUAAUUUUGUGCAAGUUGGAGAAAAUCUACCCACCCUCCUUCUUUGACAUCAUCGUUCACUUGGCUGUUCACUUACCACAUGAGGCAAAACUUGUUGGACCUGUUGGCUUUCGAUGGACAUAUCCAUUUGAAAGAUAUUGGGAAAAACUCACAAAGUAUACGAGGAAAAAUUGUCAGCCUGAAGGCUCAAUUGCAGAAGCUUACAUUGUUAAAGAAGCAGUUAGAUUUUGCAACAUAUAUGACCGUGACAUUGAUACACAUUCUAGUAAAGAAGACGUCAAUUUAGGUCCUAAAAAAACUCAUCCAUCCAUUCAUGUGUUCUCACAUCGUGUUCAACCAUUUGGACACGAGGGUUCUAUAAAGUUGACUCGUGAAAUGUUGCAACAUGCCCACUGGUUUGUACUGCUCCAUUGUAACGAGUUAGAUCCAUAUAUUAAAGAGCAUAAGAAGGAAUUGGAUGCAAUAUCUGAUGUCAACGUAGAAGAAAGGCAUGAUGAAGAAUUUCCUGCUUGGUUGGCAAAUCAUGUGAAACGGUUGCGUGUAACUGAGCCAACGAAGGUCACGAAUGAGCUUCUUUCAUUAGCUAUUGGACCUGAUUUUGAGGCAAAUUCAUACUCUGGUUGCGUAGUUGAUGGAGUAAGAUUUCUUACUGAAGAGAAAGAUAGGCAUAGAAUUGCUCAGAAUAGUGGUUUGUAUUGUUUAUUAGAAGGUGAAGAUAAGGUUGGGGAGUUCUAUGGUACUUUAUGCAACGUGUGGGAGUUGAAAUAUUCAUUUGGCCACCGAGUUGUUUUGUUCAAAUGUAAAUGGUUUAACACAAACCCAGAGACAGGAAUACCUAGUAAAUGCAAUAUGACUCGUAUAUGUGCCAAUAAUACAUGUGGUCAGAAUGCUCCGUUUGUACUUGCUAAAUAUGCAGAGCAAACAAUUUAUUACGAAGACAGAUUAGGUUGGAAGUAUGCCCAAAAAGUGAGACACAGACUUUUUUGGGAUGUUCAUGAGAUGAGUAGCAAAGUGGAAGUUGAUGAGGAUGACACUACUGAUGAUAACCUCAACUCUUGUAAUUUUCAAUGGAAUGAACAAAUUGAUGACAUUGCAAUGACAAGUCUUGUUAACCGAUAUGGUGAAGCUGAAGUGAUCAAUGAUGAUGUUGUUCCAAAUUUAAGAAAAGAAGCUGUUGGUCUCCCAGCUGAAAUGUUCGAUGAUGCAUGGGGCAAGGACUAUUUUGCCCCAGAUGAAAGACCAUGGGUUAAUUACACUGGUAGUGAAUCCGAUCGUGACAACAUCAAUGACGACAUCAGUGAUGACGACAUGUAACGCAAUUGGUGGGAUUACUAGUGGAGAUUUGAAGCCUCUCUCUUGUCCUAGAAGCACCAGUCCACCUCAUCUCUAUGUUUGGUUUCUGCUUUUUCUCCAUGCACAUUUAUACUUAACUAUAUGACUUUGCAUUGAUUUUUAGCUAAAGAGGUAUUUGUUUUGUUUUAGUUGGUUAUAUCUACAAGGGAGCGUUUUGAAAAUGGACUUGAAGUAAAGCACCACCUCUGGACUAUAACAGGACCAGUAAACUUUAUUCGCUAUUGCUAAUGUGUUACUCCUCUUUCAAGCAGCUUUAGGAUGCAGAGAUGUGGUCGGUAAUGACUGGAAUUUUAUUUCUAUUGGCGUCGUUUUGUUUUAUUUGAAUCUGUCAAGACUUCUUUGUUUGCUUAUUCUAACUCGACAAGUUUCUCUUAAACAUCUUUGUUGCCAGCUUUAAUUAGUUAGAUCACUCUAUCCUUGUAUACAUAUUUUUUUGAACAAUCACUCUGUCCUUAUUAUCUU